GCAGAAUGGCAGCGGGUUGUCCCUGGUCGGUGUGCGCGUAAAACCGGUGGAGUUUAUACGGGGGAAGAGCGCGCGGAUGGUGGACAGCGGAGCAUCUUCGCUGCGCGUGCACAGAUACACACAUGUGAGUGUGAGUGUGUGUGUGUGUGUGUGUGUGUGUGUGAGGUGGAGCCAUGCCGCUAGUGAAGAGGAACAUUGAGCCCCGUCACCUGAGCAGAGGGGCUCUACCUGAGGGCAUCGGCAGUGAACUGGAGUGUGUGACCAACAACACACUCUCCGCCAUCAUCCGCCAGCUCAGCAGCCUCAGUAAGCAUGCUGAGGAUGUGUUUGGUGAGCUGUUUAAUGAAGCUAACACAUUUUACUUGCGAGCGAACUCUCUGCAGGACCGCGUGGACCGGCUGGCUGUGAAGGUCACGCAGCUGGACUCCAGCGUGGAGGAAGUCUCUCUUCAGGACAUCAACAUGCGUAAAGCCUUCAGGAGCUCUACUGUUCAGGACCAGCAGGUGGUGUCUAAGAGCAGCACUCCAAACCCCAUUACUGAGAUUUACAACAGCAGCGAGAAACCGCCUCCACUCAGCGUCCUCUCAGCGUACAGGGAUGAUCAUGUAGAUGGAAUGAAGUUCUACACAGACCCCUCUUACUUCUUUGAUCUGUGGAAAGAAAAGAUGCUUCAGGACACGGAAGACAAGAGAAAAGAGAAGAGAAGACAGAGAGAGCAGAAGAGGUGUGUGGACGGGACUUUAUCGCGUGAGGUUAAGAAGGUGCGUAAAGCUCGUAACCGUCGGCAGGAGUGGAAUAUGAUGGCGCUUGAUAAGGAGCUCCGCCCAGACCACCGCCAUCCCAACAGCCUCCAGCGGGGGGCGUCGUCCGAGGGGUCUCUCUCACCUGAUGGCAGACCACUGUAUCCAGACAUCCCGGACCUCCCUAUUCCUGCAGGCCACGCCCACACCCUGCCUACCCAUGCCCACUCACGCCCUUUUAUAUCUAGAGAAGCUGCCUCGUCCAAUCCCAGCGGCGGGAUGGAGCACGAGUACCACAGCAUUGGAGGACCUGUGGGCGCUCCUGCAGGUUACAGAGGCGGAACUCUUGGAAGGACACACCCACCUCUUCCACAACACCCACAUGCUGGGGGCGGAGUCAAAGGCAACAUCACCCUCCCACCUGCAGACUACGGGAUGAUGGAGUACUACGCUAGUUCAGGUCCUCCUCCCCCUCCACCUCCUCCAGGACCCAUCAUCCCUUCAUCACAGACCGCUUUUGCCGCGCCCCUAAUGGUUCCGGCGCCUCCCACGUCACACCCUGGACCAAUCAAUUCCGCUUUAUCUUAUCCCCUCCCACCUGUACCGCCACCUGGGCCGAUUAUGGCUCCGCCCCCACCUGGUCCUCCACCCCCUCCAGCUCCUCCCAUUCCACCUCAUCCAGUGGGAGAUGGGCGGAGAUGCGAGUCUCAACCAAUCACAGACGGCCGCAGUGACCUGCUGUCAGCUAUUCGCAUGGGUAUCCAGCUGAAGAAGGUACAGGAGCAGCAGGAGCAGCAGGCUAAGCGUGAGCGCGUGGGAAACGACGUGGCCACCAUACUGUCCAGGAGAAUCGCUGUAGAGUACAGCGACUCGGAGGAAGACUCAGAGCUGGAGGAAAACGAGUGGUCAGACUGAACACAGAUACAGGGGUUGGACAAUGAAACUGAAACACCUGUCAUUUUAGUGUGGGAUUUUAGGUUUCAUGGCUAAAUUGGAGCAGCCUGGUGUUCAAUCUUCAUUAAUUGCACAUUGCACCAGUAAGAGCAGAGUGUGAAGGUUCAAUUAGCAGGGUAAGAGCACAGUUCUGCUCUAAAUAUUGCAAUGCACACAACAUUAUGGGAGACAUACCAGAGUUCAAAAGAGGACAAAUUGUUGGUGCACGUCUUGCUGGAGCAUCUGUGACCAAGACAGCAAGUCUUUGUGAUGCAUCAAGAGUCACGGUAUCCAGGGUAAUGUCAGCCAUCAUACCACCAAGAAGCACCAACCACAUCCAACAGGAUUAACUGUGGACGCUGUAAGAGGAAGCUGUCUGAAAGGGAUUAUUAUGGUUCGGGUUAUUGUGCUCUAAAACCAGGUGUUUCAGUUUCAUUGUCCAACCGCUGUAUAUUAUUAAUAGAGAGGUGCAAGCUUUCCAUCAAAUGAAGGUUCUUUAGACCUUUAAAUGUUCCACAAACGCUUGAAUUAAUAGUACAAAAAUGUUUUUUUAUUCAACCAACACGUUUUCAUGGUUCUUUGUUUAAGAGAUCCUUGUUAGAAGAUCAAAGCUCUGAAGAUAAUACAUUUGUAUAAAAAAUGGGAAACUCAACUCAAUGGAUCAAAAGGGAAAUUCAAUGGAACAAAACAAUUGAUCUAAAGAUACAAAGAAAAGGGAACCCCAACAACACCGUGCAAUACCACGUAGACCUCCAUCAUUGCCCUCCAUCAUGGAACCACCCCAGUGUCCAGACCUCAGUAUCGUUGAUUUCGUGUAGGAGGCAUUUCUUAGACUGAACAUUGGAGAUAUGGUAAAUAGGGCUGUUCCUAAUGUUAACUUUUUCAGUUAAUUGAUUACAUUUUAUACCAAUUCUUUGAUUAUUUCAAUAUUUUCAUUCUGCGUAUUUCAGGACAUUAUUCUGUAACAAAAAUACCUCAUAAAACCACACACUUUACUCCUGAUGGUGAAACACUAUUUUUAUCACACUAGGUAGUGUAAUUUGGAUCUUGGGCAAGAGCUGUGGAAAGAUUUAACUAUAGGUUUCAGAACACUCCCACCACCAUGUUUAACAGAUGAGGUAUUAUGGUUCGGACUCCACCUCAUGAAUAUCUGAUAUUAUAUUAAGCAAUUGAAGAUUCUUUGUAAUUUUCUUUUAAAUAUGUGUUUAUAUUAAAGUUCCUACAGAAAGAACCUGUGUUUAGGAAAUUAAAAUACAGCGAACAGAACAGGGAUGAGGAUCAUCGUAAGGAAUAAGCUGUAAGUUUUAAUAGAAAUACAACGGAAGCAGCUUUAGCAGAUCAAUCAAAUACGUUUUAGCUCAUCUUUUAUCUAAGACCAAUUUCCUCUUUUAGUAAAAGCACAACCCUAAUUUUAUAAUCCUCAUUUAUUUAUACUUUAUUUGUAGACUGAAGUACCACAUAAUGACACUGUGUGGACAUGGUCUGUGGAUGAUUAUGAUGAUAAUAAUAAUGAUGAUAAUAAUGAUGAUAAUAAUAAUGAUGAUAAUAAUGAUGGUAAUUUUAUUUUAAAUGGAUGAAAGAAGUGCUCAUGUUUUUCCUGUUGGGCGAUUGCCUAAAUAAAGCCACUUUAAUCUAUGAAACUGUGCUUUUAUGAUAUUGAUUUAUUUUUUGUGCAUUUAACAACCUGGACUCACAGUCGUUAGACUGUCAAAAUGUAAUGGCAAUUAAUAAUAAUAAUAAAAAAUAUAUUAUCUAAAAAAAAUACAAAAACAGCUUAUAAUAAACUCUUACUAUUAUAACUUUACCCUGAUACAGUGAUUUAGGCUUUCCAAAUAUAGUACAUGAACUUCUUACUGGAAACAUGCUUUAAUAUUUGUGCUUCUUUUGUAUUUUUACCCUUUAAAUAUACACAAAUCGUAGCACGCUUUGACAGUGUAGCACAACUCGACAGAACACCGAAUCUUUCGGCUCGCCGUGGGGGCGUAUCAGUAAUGUUUUUGAAUUGAAAUGAAGCAACAGAUGUAGUCAAUCAUAAGUUUAAGAUUUUACAUUUUUAAUCAACCUCAGCUUCUUCUUCAGGGUUAAAAGGCAGCUAUUCUGUCUGUGAGAGGCUCGUAUUUGUGUGAAGUGGCAGCCUGCUGUUCCCUGAUUGGCUGGAUGCAGUGCGACGGCCGGAUUCAUUUGAAUAAAGUUGAGCUUUGCUGAACUUUUUUUGCAGGCGGGCGGGGCUGCGUUCAACACAACCCAGCAUGCGCCGCGGCAUUCAGGGGCUCUCUCCACUGAAAUGAACAGGAUGUGCACUGUGACAGGAAGAGGGUGUGUCUUUCUUGCUGGCUGCACUAACACUAAAAUAGAUUUCUAGCAUAACAAAAUAUAAAAUAUUAAAAAUAUGAAUUAAUUGAACAGAAAGCACAGAAACGUACCUUUAAAUUUGUAACUAUCACCCCCUUGAUAAUAAAGGAGAACAGUGAACAUCUUUUCACAAAAAAAAUAUUGGUUUAGAGAUUUUAUAAUUUAUAGGUUAUUAAAAACAUCUUAGUAAAAGUUCUUAAAGUCACAUUAUUCAUAAAUCGCUAAGAUCAUUCGUUAUCAGGAGACGCACCCCAGAUAUGGGUGUACCCCUGAUGGACCAUCAAAAUCCACUGAAGUGUUCCUUUUGGAAGCAAUAGUAGUUUUUGGUGUCACCAAAUGAAAUCCAUUAGAGGGAUCUUUGGGAGUUAAUCAAAUGAUAUAAAAGUUAUUAGAAAGUAAAUUAAAAUUGUUAUUUGUGUCACCAAUCAAAACAUUUUUAAAUAUAUCAAACAGGGUCUUUAGUUGAACUAAUUAAUAUGUUUGCAUUUGUCUUCCCAAUUUGGUAUUUGAGUCACUAAUUAUAAAUCAAUCAAUUUCUUGU